CCGCCAAUCAAAGCCAGACUGCGCGCAUGUCCUCAUUGAGUCUCACGCUUGCUUGACUUUCAGGCAGUUGACCCGUUCACAUUCAUUACAUUUUCUGGUUUGUGAACUUCGGGUUGAAAGUUCGAUGCGUUGGUCAUUCCGGCAUUUGCCUUCUGUGCUUCGUCGGUCUCCGACCAGUAACCGCUCUCCCUCGCCAAUCCCAUCCGUGCGAUCAUUCUCCUUCUCGCGAUCACUCCGAAGCGUCGAUAUGGAGUCAGUGGACACGAGCAAGCGACUGGCGCAACUGCGCGACCUCAUGCGGCAGCAUAAACUAGACGUCUACAUUGUGCCUUCAGAAGACAGUCACCAGUCAGAGUACAUCGCGCCGUGCGAUGCAAGAAGGGCAUAUAUCUCUGGGUUUACGGGGUCGGCAGGGACAGCGGUGAUCACGCUAGAAAAGGCAGCGUUGGCCACAGAUGGACGGUAUUUCAACCAAGCCUCAAAGCAGCUGGAUAGCAACUGGCUCUUGUUGAAACAGGGCAUGGAGGACGUGCCAACUUGGCAGGAAUGGACUACAGAGCAGGCUGAAGGCGGGAAGACGGUCGGGGUCGACCCCACCGUCAUCACGGCAUCCGAUGCCCGCAAGCUGAAAGAGACGCUCAAAAAGAAGUCACGGGCCACGCUGGUGGGUGUCUCGGAGAACCUGGUCGACAAGAUCUGGGCAGACCGGCCACCAAGGCCAGCCGAGAAGGUUAUCGUGCUCUCUGAGAAGUAUGCGGGCAAGUCCUUCAAAGACAAGCUGGAGGAUCUUCGGAAAGAUCUGAAGAAGAAAAAGGCAGCCGGCAUGGUCGUGUCCAUGCUUGAUGAGGUCGCAUGGCUGUUCAAUCUCCGCGGCAGCGAUAUCCCCUACAAUCCUGUUUUCUUCUCCUACGCAUCAGUCACCCCUAAGUCUGCCACGCUCUAUGUCGAUUCUAGCAAGAUUGGACAAGAAGUGAAAGACUACCUGCACGGCCUGGUCGACAUCAAGCCUUACGACUCGCUGUUUUCGGAUCUGACACAGAUUGCCGAGACGGCGGCCAGUGAGUACGAGACAGACGGAACAUCGAAAUCGCACGCUCCUAAACUCCUUCUCUCGAAUAAGUCAUCGUGGGCUUUGAGUCUCGGCUUAGGAGGGGAGGACAAGGUGGAAGAAUCGCGAAGUCCUAUUGCGGAUGCGAAAGCCAUCAAGAACGCCACCGAGCUCGAAGGAAUGCGACAAUGUCACAUCCGGGAUGGCGCCGCUUUGAUUGAGUACUUUGCAUGGCUGGAGAACGAGCUGAUCAACAACAAUGCCUGGAUAGACGAAGUUGAGGCAGCCGACAAGUUGGAGGAAAUCCGGUCCAAAGGGGAGCAUUUCGUUGGAUUAUCUUUCGACACCAUUUCCGCCACGGGGCCGAACGCGGCAGUCAUUCACUAUUCACCUGAACGGGGCAACUGCGCCGUCAUUGACUCAAAAGCCGUCUACUUGUGCGAUUCAGGGGCUCAAUAUCUUGACGGUACCACUGAUACGACGCGGACGCUACAUUUUGGCGAGCCUACCGAAAUGGAGAGGAAGGCCUACACUCUGGUCCUGAAAGGUGUCAUUGGACUCGAUCGCGCUGUGUUCCCCAAGGGCACAACGGGAUUUGCCAUUGACGCCUUCGCCCGACAACAUCUGUGGCGAGAGGGACUCGAUUACAGACAUGGUACUGGCCACGGCGUUGGUUCGUUUCUCAACGUGCAUGAGGGACCUAUUGGUAUUGGCACGCGUGCCGCAUACUCCGAGGUGUCACUCAGCAUUGGUAAUGUCGUCUCCGACGAACCAGGAUACUAUGAGGAUGGAAACUUUGGCAUCCGCAUUGAAAACGUGAUCAUGGCGCGAGAGGCGCAGACGAACCAUAAAUUCGGCGACAAGCCUUGGAUCGGCUUCGAGCAUGUGACCAUGGUGCCCAUGUGUCGAAAACUGAUCGAUCCGUCGUUACUGGAUCCGGAAGAAAAGGAUUGGCUGAACGACUAUCAUAAGGAGGUGUGGGAUAAGACAAGUGGCUUUUUCACCAACGACGAGCGGACGAUCAAGUGGUUAAAGAGGGAGACCGCUUCUAUAUGAGAGGCAGAAAACAAAUGGGCUCAUGCAGUGCUCUGGAUGGAGAAUUGGGAUCAGGUAGACAGACUCUGGGAGCUGUUCCUGUUCUGAUUCCUUGCUAAGGGUGCAUACAAUGUUUACACCUGUGGUCCCCUCAACCACUGCAGCUCGGGCGAGCUUCAUGCAGAGCUGGGUUCUAGAGAAGGUCCCGGGAAUGCAGAGAGCUGUGAUGCAUGCAAGAACACUGAGGUUUCAACGGAGCUGCCUUGCUGUCCUUUCGCGAAACACAUUGAUCAUUGGGCGUGAACUAUGGUCGCGACCACCUCCUGGCCCUGUUGUCACAUCGCUGGACUAUAGGUCGUCGAACCGCACACUACCGUAACGUUGCUUGCAAGCGCCCAGGGCCAACUGUACUAAUAGUAGUAGCGCGCAGUCCUCUUCUCGUCGACCAUAGGAGAAGUCCAACUGUGUCUGUGAGAAACACCCUGAAUUUCUUACAAUGACUCGCUUUCCCUUCUGCCACUCUCUGUCUAGCUUGGAUCUGGUACUAGUAGAAGUUGUAGCAUCCUCUGCUAGAGGUCGAGACAGUUUCAUUCCAGCCACAAACAAAAUUGUCUCGGUGACUAGGUAUUCUUUGCGCGGUUAUACUGAUAACAAAUGACUGAUGCAGCGCUCGGA